CUUCACUUUCCGAAAUGGCCAACCGAUGCUCCGCGUCGCUUCAGGCUUAAUAAGGCGGCGAGCCACUGACGGGCUCGCCGGAACCCUAACCCUAGCCCCGGCCUUUCUCCUUCUCCGCGAUGGCGGCAGCGGCCCUGGAGGAGCUGAUAUCCUCUGCCGCCGCUCCUCCUCUUCCGCCUCCUCGCUGGCUUCGAGCCCUAGCCUAUCGAUCUGGCGGCGGAAAAAGGAGAUGGGAAAGGAGGGCCUCUUCGUGGUCCAGCAGCUCAAGCGCCUGGCUUCCGUCGGCGGGCCGAGGCUCGAGCAAUUCAUGCGCUCGCACGUCUCCCGCCUCCUUCGAACCGAUCUCUUCGCCGUUCUCGCCGAGUUCCAGCGGCAAGAUCACGUCUUUCUCUCCAUGAAGAUAUAUGAUUCAGUGCGGAAAGAAAUUUGGUACCGGCCUGAUAUGUAUUUCUACCGAGAUAUGCUCAUGAUGCUUGCAAGGAAUAAGAACGUGAAAGAGACGAAGCAAGUUUGGGCAGACUUGAAGAGCGAGGGUGUCCACAUUGAUCAGCACACUUACGGCGACAUUGUUAGGGCAUUCAGUGAUGGUGGCUUGCCUGUGCUAGCCAUGGAAAUUUAUGAUGAUAUGAGGAGCUCACCUGAUCCACCACUCUCUCUGCCCUUUCGGGUUAUCUUGAAAGGUCUAAUACCAUAUCCUGAACUGAGGGAAAAAGUAAAGCAGGACUUCUUGGAACUGUUCCCUGAUAUGAUUGUGUAUGAUCCACCAGAAGAUUUGUUCGAUGAGCAGUGAUAAAUGGUAUCCUGUAAUCAAAUUGAAACCGAUUUGCAUUCACAACUAGCAGUGACACAAAUUAUCAGAAAUUAUCUCAUGCAGAGAAGAAAAUUGAUCAGGGGAUGCGGUACAAAUUUGGUAGAUGGAGUCUCAUGGGGUACACAUUUUAAGGGACAAUCCGAAAGAGAGUUACAACUCUUCCACCAAGAUGCUGAAAGAUGAUCAUCUAGAUGGAGAAUCAAGACAGUACAUUUUUGGUGCAUAUAUUCUUGCAACUGUUUGUGUUUUAAUGAUAUAUCUAUAUAGUAAAAGGACUAAAUCUUAUAUAUGCAAUCUUCUCAUUUAUGAGUGUAUACUGUUAAAAUUUACUCUAUGAGGAGAUGUCUUGUAUUUUAUAUAAAAUUUGGGUAUUAUAAAAGGGAGAGGAAGAAAAGAAACACGAGGCAAGUAUUUGUGAAUAAUUACAGGCAUCAUAUAUAAGGGUUCUCUUUUUCCAUCAA